GAUUUUUUCUUGUUCCCUCAGGUUGCGAUGGAUUUUACRAGCCCCCCAUUAUCUCUACAUGACAAUGGUUUUACUAUGGUACCCCCUGAUCCAUUCAGGACAUCAGAGGAGGAGAUUAAAAGACUUAAGGAGGAGCUGAAGAUGUGGAAGGAAAGAGUUGAAGAGGCUGAAAACAGAAAAGCUGACCUUCUUCUCUCCAAAACCAGUGCUGAGGAAGAGUGUGCUAGAACAGAGAUGAAGCUGAAGGAGCAAAAGAAACAGAAUAAGGACAGAAUUGCCAUCUUUGAGCAGGAACUCUUCCUGCUCAACCAAGGAAACACUGAGCUGAAGAAAGAGAUUGAAAAGCUCAAAGAAGAACUGGAAGAAUACAGUGCCCUGGAUAAUUCGAUUAAAAAGAAYGUGGCAGAAAUGCAAUUGAAGUUCACUCACCUGGCAGACAUGAAGGAGCAUUGGGCAGAUAUGGACACUCACUGCKUUUUUGGGGCAACUACAAAAAUCCCCUUCAAAUUGAAUCAGAACCASGCCCUGCUGACUUUUGAAGAUGAAAAAGUUGCCCAGAGACUGACAAGGAUGAACAAGCACUCUGUGAACCUGGACAACAGAACAGCAAAUGUGACAGUGAGGCCUUUUGAACUUGAAAUUGGGUUCCAGUUUGAGCUUCAUGUCACUGUGUCUGGAAAGAAGAUCAACGUUUCAGAAAUACCUGAGCUUCCCAUUCCUGAAGAUUGGAUGAGGGACAAACUUGAGCUGCAUUUCUACAAAACUGUGCAGGGAGGAGGAGGAGAAAUAGAAGCUGUGAACUACGACAAAGAGUCUGGGACAGCUGUCAUCACAUUCCUCAGACCUGGAGCAAGCAACAACUUUGUGGCAUGCACUGAAAACUCUUUCUGUGCAGAAGGAAGGUGCUUCAAACUUUCUGUCUCCCCAUAUGUUGAUUUUCACUUGAGAAAGUUUCAGCCAUACUGUGGGGUUUCCAAGAGGACCAUUCUGCUGAAAGGAAUCCCAGAGGUGCAAGAGGAUGAGGAGAGUGUGCAGGACAUGAUUGAAAUUCACUUCCAAAAGCCGAGUAAUGGUGGUGGGGAAAUUGAGAAAAUCAAAUACAUCUCCAAAGGAGCAGCCUGUGUUUGUUUUGAGGAGGAUACUGGGAAUGCCACCUAGGAAAUCACAGGGAACUCACAAAGUUCUGAGGAUUUGUUUGUAGAUACUGUGCUUUAA